AUGUCAUUUUCGACCCAGACGCACGUAUCCUCCACAGAGUUGGCCGGAAUUGCUGGUUCGUCUACAGAAGAGAAUGGACUCCAUCAUGAUGAUAUCCAAAAUGAGAAAUCGAAAGAGGGGAAAGAGUUAAAUCAAGCUACACCUGACCAGCCAGAGAUAGGUCCAGGAUCUGGACAAGGGCAACCACUGGAGUUUCCUGAGGGAGGUUUCAGGGGCUGGGCAACAGUUUUCGGAGCUUUUUGGGUACAGUUUUGUGGCUUUGGAUAUACAGGUUCAUUUGGUGUUUAUCAAGACUUUUACACUCAAACGUACUUGGCCAGCGAGUCUUCUUCAGCGAUCUCAACUGAUACUGACAAAUGCAUCAUCUGUCUUAGUUGGAUUGGUAGUGUGAAUGCCUUUUUGGUUAUUGCAAGUGGAUUGGUUGUAGGAAGGUUGUACGAUAGAGGGUAUUUUUACUCACUAGCGAUAGGCGGUGCACUGCUAUACUCGUUUUCUCUUUUUAUGCUAUCUUUGGCUAAGCCUAAUCAAUAUUACCAAAUUUUUCUCAGUCAAUCCUUGGGAGCUGGUAUUGGUGCAGGAAUGAUCUAUAUACCGAGCAUAGCUGUUGUAUCGCAUUAUUUCCAGAGACGGAGAUCACUCGUUAUGACACUAGUCGCGUCAGGCUCAUCUCUGGGAUCCAUAUUACAUCCUAUCAUGCUCAACAACACUCUUAAUGGGCCUCUUGGGUUUGGAAAUAGCGUGCGGGCUAGUGCUGGUCUCAUCAGCGGUUUAUUAGUAGUUUCUUGUCUCACAAUGCGCCCUCGUCUCCCCCCACCAGCAACAAGGACGAAUUAUCUCCUAGCUGCUAAGAAGUUCUCGCAUGAUUCGGCUUUCGUUUUGGCUACAUUAGGGAUGCCUUUAUUUACUAUGGGUUACUAUUUUCCGCUCUUCUAUAUCCAGUUGGAUUCCAUCACGCAUGGCCUUAACCAGACGUUCUCGUUCUACUCAUUGGUCAUCCUUAAUGCAUCGAGCCUUGUAGGUCGGAUUUCCUCCGGAUUCCUCGCCGACUAUUUUGGCGUUCCGAACAUGGUUAUAGUUUCAAUGUUCGGCGGGGCCGUUUCAAUAUUAGGAAUGAUAGGGCUCAGUAGCCUUGCCAGCGUUGUCAUCCUUGGUAUCAUCUAUGGAUGGUUUGCUGGAGUCUACAUUGCUUUGAUGGCUCCACUAAUAACAGUUUUGACUGAUGAUUUCUCUGAGCUGGGGGCACGCAUGGGCAUUGCUUUUGCUAUCACAGGACUUGGAGGGCUAAUUGGUCAACCAAUCGCAGGUGCUCUGCUAACCAAUGACUAUAUCUGGUGGAGACCUGCUCUGUUCUGCGGUAUAAUGUCCCUUAGUGGAUGCUGCUUAUUAAUCGCGAUGAGAAUCGUCCUUGGACGUCGGAAGCGAGCACAAUCGGCACCAUUGAAGGCGAAGGUUUGA